UUAACAUGCAUAACACAACACAAAUGGCUUCAGUAGUCCUCUUUGAAAUCUUCUUUGCUUUCAUUUGCUUUCUCAGCCUGAUCUUUUGCUUAAGAAAAAAUAAUGGCCUUCCAAAGAACUGGCCACUCAUUGGCAUGCUGCCUGGCCUCCUCUUCCAAGUCCACCGGUUUCAUGACUGGGUCACAGAUGUUUUAGAGCAAAGCAAGUGUACUUUCCAAUUCAAAGGCCCUUGGUUUGGUGACAUGGACAUUUUGGUCACGGCUGAUCCAGCCAACAUACACUACAUAACGAGCUCAAAUUUUUCCAAUUUUGAAAAAGGGUCGGAUUUCAAUAAAAGAUUCGAUAUUCUGGGAGAUGGGAUAAUCAAUGCAGACAGGGAUUUGUGGAAAAGCCAGAGGAAAGUUGCUCAAGCAUUGGUCAAUCAUCGGUUGUUCUACCAACGCUUGGUUAAGACUAUCCAAGAUAAGGUGGAAAGGGGCCUAAUUCCAGUCCUUGAGCACGUGUAUAAACAAAGCCUAGUGCUGGACUUGCAGGAUUUGUUCCAAAGAUUCACCUUUGAUGCUACAUGCGUGAUUGUGACCGGCUUCGACCCCGGAUGCCUCUCUAUUGAUUUACCAGAAGUUGCUUUCUCGAAAGCUAUGGAUAAUGCUAUGGAAGCAAUAUUUUAUCGACAUGUUUUGCCAGAGAGCACUUGGAGGUUGCAAAGAUGGCUAGGAAUUGGAAAAGAGAAGAAACUUAAGAAAGCUCGGGAAACACUUGAUCGCAUAAUAGCCGAAAUUAUAUCGAUGAAGAGAGAAGAAUUGAGCAAAGGAAACAGAUUAAUGGAAGAGGAUGGAGAAGGUAUUGAUUUGUUAACUUCAUACAUGAGUGAAGAUUAUAAUAUGGGAUUUAAAUCAGAUGAUGAGUUUCUAAGAGACACCAUUGUAACUUUCAUGCUUGCUGGACGAGACACUGUAAGUUCAUGUCUGUCUUGGUUUUUCUGGCUUGUCUCAAAGAAUCCAGCAGCAGGCGCCAAGAUUAGAGAAGAGCUGAAAACAACUCUACCGGAAAAAGAAGCUGAAAAACGGAGGCUAUUUGACAUAGAAGAGAUAAAAAAGCUGGUUUAUCUACAUGGGGCGUUGUGUGAAUCUUUAAGGCUCUACCCACCGAUUCAUUCUGAAUUCAAGUCCCCUGUAAGACAAGACAUCCUUCCAAGCGGUCACCGAGUCAAUCCAAAGACGAAAAUCGUGUUUUCUUUAUAUGCAAUGGGAAGGAUGAGUUCAGUAUGGGGAGACGAUUGCUUCGAAUUUAAGCCUGAAAGGUGGAUUACAGACAGAGGAGGGAUGAAACAUGAGCCAUCUUACAAGUUUUUUUCUUUCAAUGCAGGACCUAGGACUUGUCUUGGAAAGGAUGUGGCUUUCACUCAAAUGAAGGCAGUUGUAGCUGCUAUAAUCUACAAUUAUCAGGUUCAAGUAGUAGAUGAACAUACUGUAACCCCUAGCCAGUCCGUUAUUCUUCACAUGAAGCAUGGCAUGAAAGUUAAGCUUACUAAGAGAUGGGCUUGAUCAAGAAACCAUGCCAAUAUAUAUGGGGAUUUCAAGUUUAAAUCCUCAGCAGUCAGUCCUACUAUUGUUCUUCUUUUUGAAACCAAUGCCACUCAUGUUCUUAUAUCAUAUGUAUUCCUACUAUUAUUUUGGCUUUAAUAAAUUUCCUUGAUCCUUC